AUGGCAGGUCGUCUGCAGUUGAUCGAGACGAGGCGAACCUCAAGGCUGCUGCUGCGUGUACUCAGAGAUGCAGUGAAAGAGUACGCGCUAGCUGUUCCAGGUGCUCAAGUGUCGACUGUUCCAGAUCUUGUGGGCAUUGACUGGUUGCAGCAACUGGCAGCUAGAGAUGACGAGAGCAAGACGAUGGUCAAUGCACUAAUGGAUCGACUACGUCUGGAUUCCCGGCAGAAGGAUGUGGGAGGGAGCAUCGGGGAGCAAGUGGACAUCUACGAUACAUUGUGCGACUUGGCAGCUCAGACAUUGGCGUGCAAAUACGCUGUUGUGAGCCUGGUGGAUGAGAACCGUCAGUGGUUCAAGAGUGCUGUGAACGUGAAGGAGUCAGAAGUGCCUCGGGACUUCGGCUUCUGCGAAUACUCGUGUGCGAGACCAACGACCUCUUGUGGUUACGGACACAUUGCGAGACCCACGCUUCAAGACGGCUACCAAACACAUUGA